GUACUUUUAACCUGUGUGUCUCCAUUCGACACUUCCAUCUCUAUUUUAAGGGGAAAUGUGCCAGUGUGUUUUUAAGAUAAGCAGCAAAGAAGCAGAGCGUCAGGCACCACCAGUGUAAAUGAGCCCUAUGCGUGUAGACGAGUAUCUAGUCCGGAGUCCAUGCAAGCAGGUUGACUCCUCAGAGUAAUUCCUUCGUGCUCUGAGGUAUUGCCCAACAGGGAUGUUUCUUCUGAGGGAUGCAGGAUGCCAGCUCUUCCAAGAUAACAAGCCUUCAGAUUGUGCCGAAACCAACAGCCUCUUCAGUUCUUGUUGUGAUGGGAGAAAGUGAGUUAAAGACUGCUGAGAGUAACUCUGAUGUUUUGGUAAACCCCCAUCUGGAGAAUGGUAAAGAACUAUCUAAUUCUCAAAGCACAAGCUUGGAAGACAACAUGAUGUCAAACUUCUUGGUAAAAGUGACCCGAGUGGAAUCCCCAGCGAGAGCGGACACUAGACUGAGUCCACCUGAUGGUCAACAAGACCCAGGAAGUGAGAACCAUAAAGAGAAAACACUGGGAAAAGAAGUUCUACUUUUGAUGCAGGCUUUGAACACGCUAAGGACUCCAGAAGAAAAACUGGCUGCACUCUGCAAGAAAUAUGCUGACCUUCUGGAAGAAAGCCGGAAUUUCCAGAAACAGAUGAAAGUUUUGCAGAAGAAGCAGUCACAAGUGCUAAAAGAGAAAGUUCACCUUCAGAGCGAACACAGCAAAGCCAUUUUAGCACGCAGCAAGCUUGAGUCCCUCUGCCGAGAGCUCCAGAGACACAACAAGACAUUAAAGGAAGACAAUCUGCAUCAAGCCCGGGCAUAUGAGGAAGAACGCAAAGAAGCCACUGCACAUUUCCAGAUGACCCUAAAUGAAAUCCAAGCACAGAUGGAGCAACAUGAUGUCUACAAUGCUAAGCUCCGCCAGGAGAAUGUAGAAUUGGGAGAUAAGUUAAAGAAACUUAUUGAACAAUACGCACUGCGUGAAGAGCACAUUGACAAAGUCUUCAAACAUAAGGAGCUACAACAGCAACUUAUUGAUGCAAAACUUCAGCAGACAACUCAGCUUAUGAAGGAAGCGGAGGAACGACACCAGCGCGAAAGAGAAUUUUUGUUGAAUGAGGCCACGGAAACCAGGCAAAAAUUUGAGGAACUGAAGCAGCAAGAAAGUCAGUUAAAGCAGCAGCUAUCUCUUUACAUGGACAAGUUUGAAGAAUUUCAGACCACGAUGGCAAAAAGUAAUGAGCUUUUCACAACAUUUCGUCAGGAAAUGGAAAAGAUGACAAAGAAAAUAAAGAAACUGGAGAAAGAAACAGUUGUCUGGCGUACCAAGUGGGAAAACAACAAUAAAGCCCUACUACAGAUGGCUGAAGAGAAAACUGUUAGGGAUAAGGAGCACAAAGCACUGCAAAUCAAGCUUGACCGUCUGGAGAAGCUUUGUCGGGCCCUUCAGACUGAGCGCAAUGAGCUCAACAAGAAAAUUGAGGUCCUUCAAGAUCAAGUUACCAUACUAGAUGAUGUCGGUGAUGCAGCUAACGGCGAUUCAUUAGGGACAAACCCAGCAGAGGAAGAGUCUUCCGAGGAAAUAAAUGUAGUCACAGAGCAAAAAGAAUCUGGAAUUCAGCCCAUAACUCAACCUCCAUUAUCAGAGGAACAGAUUCUUGUGCAAAAGACUCUUUCAACAGGGCCUCCUCCUUCUGACAUAGAUUCUGUUGACUAACACCCAGGCAUUACACUGUUUAAUAGAUACACAAAGAUAUGUAUAUAAUGGAAAAUAUACAUAUAUAUAUUUUGUGUAUAACUUUGUUGGUGGCAAUUUGUUUUGUGGUGACAAAUUUCUUACUUUUUUCUACCAUAUCUGUAUUUUCUUAGGACUACUGGAGUACAUGUGGUACAUAAAGCUUCCUAGCAACUUCACAGUGUAAUAGAUUUUUGUCACAUUCAAGUUUGACAUCUGUCUCCAUUUCAUUGUCCAUUCUCUAAAAGAAGGGGAUUGCAUGUUCCAGGCCCCGGCAUUAAGAGUAGCAUGCCAGUGUAGGUGACAAACUAAGCAAUCCAUUUUUAUUCAGGAUAGCAGCACCAUGUCUUCUUCAUGUUUAUUGUUCCAUAAAAGUAUAAAGGUCAGAAGAUUGUUUGCGCAAACCAUAGGGUAGAUGUACAUCCAUUUGGUAGUAUUUGAUGCCUCCAUCUAUUGAAUUAUCAAUUCAAUGCUUGCAUUUUGUUUCCUAAAUAUAUAAGAAAGAUGUCCAGGGUCCACUUUCUGCGUAUUGUUUGCAUGCAUCUGUCAUUCAUCUCAUGGGAGAUGGAUCCUUAAGACAUGAACAGACAACUGUAAUCAGGGCUGUAUAUGUAACCAUACCCAUCACCUUUGCACAUCUCCGCAAUUGUUUCCUUGAAUGUGUUAGGUUAGUCCUAAAUGAUAGCCAUGACACCCACAAAGUAAGACCUCUACAUUCCAGUUUUUGGUAGGGCUAGCUGUCCAAAGAGAUGCUUUAUUGGUGUUUAUUUAAAGGUUUCCAUAAUUAAAAGGAUUUUUUUUCUAAAAAGCUAGCCAUAUAUAAAAGGAGAACUACUGGACCAUUAUUAAAGUUAAAAAAAAAUUAUUUAGUUAAAAAAAUGUUUUAACAAUUCUUAAAAUAUUCUCUAUUUUUUUUAGUUCGAGGCUUAAAAUAUUCUCCAUUCUAUAAUUAACAUUUCCGUUUCUUAGUCGAGGAAAAUUUUAAAUACAUACAGAAGCUAGAAACAUAAAACGUAGGCGUCUCAACAGGAAUGAGAUUAUAUAAUGCAGAGAGAUCAAGAUGAAUUAUAAAUACAGAUAAUAUACAUUUAUUGAUAGAGUUCUAUCUUGAUAUAUAUAUUUUUAACUCACAUUUAUAAACGUGCCAAGAGUCUAUUACGGAGUUGAAUCCGCUAUAUUUACUAUCUUGUAAUUGGGUUCUUGGCUUUGUAUCUUGUGAUACAGAGAUUAUUCUUAUAACUGCACUGAUUCCUUAAAGGGGUUUUCCCACAAUUGAUACUUAGUAACUGCCUCUCCAAUCCCAUUGGACUGCUAAAGAUGCUCUGCGACCACUGGUAGUCUCUGUAUACAAUUAAUGGAACAGUAGUGCACAUGUGUAAAGAAAACUUUUACGUUUAUCACACCUAAACGUUUUAGAUCAAACAAAAGCUACGUGAACCUUCAUAGUCCUAUGUGAGAAAGUAAUUGCUUCAUCCUUCAGGAUUUUUUGGUGGAGAGCAGAAUUCAUGGUUGCAUCAAUCACCGCAAGAAGUCCAGGUCACAAAACAGCCCCAGCCCAUCAAACUGUUGCCACCAUAUUUGACUGUUCGUAUGAUCUUUUUCUGAAAUGCUGUCUUACUUUUACACCAGAUAGAAUGGGACACGCCUUCCAGAAAGUUCAAAUUUUGUCUUGUCAGUUCACAGAAUAUUUUCCCAAAUGGCUUUGGUGAUCAUUAAGAUGUUUUUUUGCCAAAAGUGAGACAAACCUUUGUUCUUCUUGGUCAGAAGUUUUUUCGCCAUUUUUGUACUGUCUUAUCAUGAGCACUGACCUUAACUGAAACAAGUAAGGCAUGCAGUUCUUCAGAUGUUGUGUGUUCUUUUGUGAAGUCUUGGAUUAGUCUUUACUACGCUCCUGGUUUUAUUUCAAUAGGUCAGCCACUCCUCAGAUGGUAGACACUGUUCCAAAUUUUUUCUAUUUGUGUAUAUAAUUGCUCUUACCGUGGUUUGCUGGAGUCCAAAGCCCCCUUUAAGAAAUUGCUUUGUAUUUCUUUCCAGACUGAUAAAGAUUAGAAAGUUAUUAAUAUCUAACUUAUUUUUUUUUGGAUUGCAGCAUGAUAUCCUGCUGUUCUUUUGGUCUACUUCACUUCUUCAGACAGGUUCUAUUAAAGUAAUCAGUAAUCGGCCUGGGUGUUGCUAGUGAAUAAUCAGCUUUCCAAACAAUGUGACAAUUACUUUUUCACACAGAGCCAUGAAGUAUCAGAUAAGUCUUUUCCAUAAUAAAUUAAAUGAUCGCUUGAAAACGGCAUUGUGUGUAAAUAGGUUACAUUAAAAUUUCUUUGAUCUGAAUCAUUUAAGUGUGACAAAAAGAAAUCGGGAAAGGGACAAAUACUUUUUCACAGCACUGUAUCAGUAAGCAACUUGAGACCUGUGUCCUCAAGACCACAAAAGUCCCAGUGGUCAGACCUCCCAUAAGCAUACAUUUAUCCCCUAUCCUGUGAAUAGAAAAUAGUGCUGUUGUCCCCCCCCCCCCCCCCCCCCCCCCGGCAUUACUGAGCAUAAACUGCUGCUCUGCUCCCCUUCUUACUAGCAGCUUUGUUUCUUCUAAGACACCAAUUCUGCCCCCUGCUGCUCUUUAGUGUGACCUGUCAAUUCAGAGUGGGAUUUGUGUGGGGACCAAAUGUCACUUUACUAACGUAACUUUACAAGACUUACCUAGCAUCUCAGUGUUACAGUGAGAAAGUUACUGCCGUUCCGGCUAGUUAAUUUAAAGAGUACCUGUUAUCAAACCAUAUUUUCUAAACUGCAUCAGAUUAUAUACCCGAACUACUCCUAACACCCCUCCUGCCCUUAAAAUAUUUUUUCCAAGCUUUAAAAAUCUUUGUAUCAUACCUUUCCCCUUGCUCACAUUGUGUGAGUUCCCAGCAGGAGAAAGUGGGUGUUCCUCAGCAGGCGUGAUGUCACUGAAGCCUGUGAGAGUUGUACCUCGCUAUGCCCCACACGCACUUCCUGAGUUUGGUCUCCGGCCAGGCCAGGCCACCUUGGGGCCGGUUUUUUCAAUCACAUUAAAAACAUAUAAAGGUUGAGAAUUUGAACAGCAAGUAAAUAGCAAAGUGUCUUAUAAUUACAUAAGGAACAAUAUAUUAAAAGUUUAGUGUGGUGACAGGCACUGUUUAAGAGCAGUAUGGACUGGAUUCAGGAAAAUUAAUCUCCCGGUUAUUUGUUUACCCUCACCAGAUUACCAGGAGGGGAAAAAAACUUGUCCUGGAAUGUUGCUUUGAAGGUAAGCCAACAGGUGCAGUAGUCCAGUACAGAGCUCCACUAAUAUGUGAAUUAGUGGGACCACAUGACUGCAUCCGCUGCAUUUAUUUUACUGUACAUAAAGGGGAAUUUAAAAUUGUGUAAAUCAAGUUAUUUUUGUCCCUGCUUGCCUGGGUGUAUAUUUUGUACUUCCCCUAUAUUUAUUAACUCCUUAAGGACUUAGGACGUAUGAGUACCUCCUAAGUCCGGUCCCUGUCUAUAACGCGGGGUCCCGGCGGGAUGGUCCCGGCGCCUAUUCACAGCCGGGACCCGCGGCCGCGAUCGUUCGGCCACACACUAUUAACCCUUCCGAUGUGGCGCUCAAAGCUGAGCGCCGCAUCGAAAGUGAAAGUAAAUGCUUCCCGGCUGCUCUCUCGGGCUGAUCGGGGUCAUCUUGAUAAAAUCGCGAUGCCCUGAUCAGCUACCCGGAGAGAAGAAGGUCCCUACCUUCUUCCGUCUGUGUCCUGGCUCUGAUUGAUUGCUCCAUGCCUGAGUUACAGGCUGGAGCAAUCAACCGCCGAUUACACAGCUUGUUGCCAUGCAAGGGCAAGGCAACAAUCUGUGUAUGCAAUCAGCCAUUGCAAGCUCAUAGGUCCCUAUAGGAGCUGGGGCCCCCCGCGAUCUCUUGUACGGGCCCCGACUCUCUGGCCAGAUAGUGGGUGUCGACGACUGCACAAAGCGGCGACUGACACGCCCCUCAAUACAUAACUAUGGCAGAGUCGGAGAUUGCAAAAGGCAGCGCCCCAGCUCUGCCAUAGAGUUGUAUUGAGGGGGUGUGUCAGAUGCUGCUUCGUGCAGUGGUCAACACGCCCAUUCCCACAGGCUGCCGGGGCCCUGUACAAGGGAUCACGAGGGGCCCCAGCAGUUGGACCCCCCCGUGAUCUGAAACUUAUCCCCUAUCCUUAGGAUAGGGAAUAAGUUUGUCAGCACUGGAGAUCUCCUUUAAAUGGGCACUGUCAGAUACAAAAGCUUUUGAUAUGUUGUAAAGCAUGUAUAACCAAUAGGUUUUGCAAUUGCUUUCAUUAGAAAAUGUUCAGUAUUUCAUACUGAAAAAGCCAGUCAAACUGCUUGCUUGGACACAUAUAGUCCUGCUAUGUCCAUGCAUCAUCACCUAUGUCAUGAACACAUUUCCUUGAGUGACAGCUGUGAGUGCAGGGCUCACAGCUGGAGGAAAAAUCCUCCCACUGUCAGCUUGUGUCCCGCUACUGUCAGUGAGGACAAGCUGGGAGUUGUAGUUUUUGCCAAAGCUAGGGGAGAUGUAAGCAGACAGCAUACUGAGGGAGGGGGCAGAGACCUGCACAGUGAGGCCACGCCCCUUCCCUUUGAGAGAAAUUCAGACUAGUGAGCUAAAUUUAAGUGUAAUAAAUAAAUAAAUGUGCUAGACACAUAAAAAUUAGAUGUACAUGGUCAGGAUUAGGUACUGAGUGAAAUAUAUAAAAAAAAAUUGUUGGAUCUGGCGGGUACGCUUUAAAGAAAAUGUGAAAUCAGAAAAUGACCUGUUUUUUUAAAUCGUUUUAAAACAUUUUUUCAGAAUUUUUGGUGGGUUUUUCCCCUAAAUUUUCAUUUCAUACUAUAUUUCAUUUUGUACUAUAUUAUAAAAUUAACUAAAAUUCUUGCAAUUUUUAUUAUGACCACUAAGCCUAAAACAAAGCUGAGACUUUCUGUUCUGUUUGUGAUGAGAAGGAGGAGGAAAGUGAUCUGUACAGAAUUAAAAGGUGAUAGAAAAGACAACAGCAGCUUAGCCUCCACCCUGCAGGUUACAGAACAUGCUUACAAGAAUACAAAGGAAAAGAUGUGGAGAUGUUCACUGUGGGGCAUGCCUAAAGUAUAUCACUAUCACAAGAAAUAUGGUUUCCUCUUAAUCAUGUACUUUAAAAAAUAAAACACACCUACAAUCAGAAAAAGGAAAUAGAUACUGAAAUAUUUUCUGAUCAGGGAAAAAAAAGGCAAGACAUUAAGGGGGGGGUGCUCUGCUGCUCAGCGCUAGGAACAAACUGUUCCGAAGGCUGGAGCCGGGAGCUUGUGAUGUCAUAGCCCCACCCCCUCCCAUAGACUUGAAAUGAGGGGGUGGGGCUAUGACCUCACAAGAUCACGGCACCAGCGUUCGGAACAGUUUGUUCAAAAUGCUGAGCAGCGGCGUACCCCUUUAACCUGUUAAGGACCAAGGCCGUACCUGUACAUCCUGGGUCCUUUCCCUUUCUAUAACACGUCAUAGCGGGUCAGGCCCGGCCUUUAACAAUGGCCGGGACCCGUGGCUAAUAGCGCGCAGCACUUAUCGCAGUGCCUUGCACUCUUAACCCUUUAGUCUCGGCGUUCAAAGUUGAUCGCCGCGUCUAAAGUGAAAGUAAACUAAUGCUGAUUAGCUCAGGGGGCUGAGCGGUGAAAUCCGCAGCUUUCAGACAGGAGGAGGGUCCCCCCUUACCUGCCUCCUGGUGUCCAAUUGCAGAAUGACUCCUCAAUGCCUGAGAUCCAGGCAUGAGCAGUCAAACGGCAGAAUCAUCGAUCAAUGGUUUCCUAUGAGAAACCAUUGAUCAAUGUAAAAGAUCAGUGUGUGCAGUGUUAUAGCCCCCUAUGGGAGCUAUAACACUGCAAACAAAAGUGAAUAAAGAUCAUUUAACUCCUUCCCUAAUAAAAGUAAGAAUCACCCCCCUUUUCUCAUAAUAAAAAAACAUGUUA